GAGCUGCGCCAAACCGGAAGUAGGACUGGUUUGUGUCAGUCUAGCCCUCUUACUCUAUGACCGGUCGCCAUGGCGUCGCUGGGUGAACUAAGUGCCUGUCUCUUGGUGGCCCUUCUUUGGGGAGGGACCAACCCAUUUUUGAAAAAGGGAACAGAAGGCCUGGAGCAAGUGAAGAAGGAGAGACGAAGCCUGCAGCUCCUGGCAGAAAUGAAGUUCCUUUGCCUCAAUUACAAGGUUGUGGUGCCAUUUCUUCUCAACCAGUGUGGUUCCUUGGUCUACUAUAUGACUUUAGCAUCCACAGACCUUACCUUGGCAGUGCCUCUUUGCAACUCUUUGGCUCUGGUCUUCACUUUAGCAACAGGGAAGGUCCUUGGAGAAGAGAUUGGCGGCACAAGAGCUGCCCUGGGAAUGCUGCUGACUGUCUCUGGAGUCGCUCUCUGCAUCGCUGGAUCUGGGCCUGAAAAGCCAUGAGAAGCAGCCCUGAUGAAGUUCUUUGGACUCAAGAGUAGAUGAAGGGGUCGCCAAAAUAGAACCCUCCAACACUGGCUCUGCCCUUAUGGGCAGUGAAAAUCUCAGGGCGCCAUCCCUCCGGUUUGCCACCAUGUUAUGAAGACAUUUCUUGUUCCAUCAGGCAUCCCACAACUAUGCACCCUCUUUAAGAGUUGAAACUCUUCAGCUGAUAUCUUUGUUGACAUUCCUUUUAAGUGCUGUUAUUCCUUAGAAUUGGAAGGGACCCUCAAAGGUCCGUUCCAAUCCCAUUCUGCCAUGCAGGAAAAGCACAAUUAAAAACCUUCUAACAGAUGGCCAACCAGCCUCAUAGACAUUAGCAGGCACAUGGAGACAUAGAAACAGCUGUAGAAUCCUAGAGUUGGAAGAGACCCCAAGGGCCAUCCAGGCCAACCCCAGUCUGCCAGGCAAGAAAAGCACCAUCAAAGCACCUUCGACAGAUGGCCAUCCAGCUUCUGCUUAAAAGCCUCCAAAGAAGGAGCCUCCACGACCUGUACACACAUUGUAUGGCGGUUUGGGGAAGACUUAACCUGACAAGAGACCUGUGAAUGACAUUAAUUCUAUACCUAUGUGUCUACAAGCCAUCUUGGUGUAGUGUUGGGACUAUGACUCUCAUAGGUUCGAAUCCCUGUUCAAACCAUUAAACCUACUAGGUGACCCUGGGCAAAACACAGUCUGAGCCUCAAAGGAAGGCAAUGGCAAACCUCCUGAUUAAAUCUUGCCAAGAAAGGCCCCAGUCGGUUCAUCUUAGGGUCACCAUUGAAACCACACCACAACAACAACAACACUUUGUGUCUGCCAGACUCGUGCCAGAGCCUAGCUGUACUGUGGAAUGGGGGAUAAGGCUUUUAGAUUAUCUUGACCAUCAGCAACUUCACCACUAUCGCAAAGGGUAGGGUGUUUUCUAAAAUAUCAGGGCAGAUUUGGUUGGAAAUAGCAUCCUUCCAAGCCUCCACUAACUGUUUGUAAAUGUGUAUAAUUGUUAACCUAUAUUGUACGUACAUUUUGGUUUGCCGGUUUGACUGUACCUCUUUGGUACAGUCAGAUACAGGACUCCAUUUUUGUUAUACAGUAUGCUUUUAGACCUCAAUGGCGGUGGAUGCAGUUUGUCUCCUUUCAGACUUCAGUGAGUAAAGUUAUACAGUUUGGGCUAUAUCUAUAUGCUUAAAGACAGUGGACUAUGGACUAGUGUACUGAAUAUAUACAAGUUGUUUAUGAGUAAACAAGAUACGUUAUUUUUCAAAGAA